GGUUGGAUCCACUCCUUCCUACGGCGGCGGAUCCUCCCAGGAGAGAGCGCUGGCGACUGGGCGGCCGCGCGCGGCACCGGCAACCCCUCCCAGGGGUGGGGACAGCCACGCACGUUUUUCUGUCAGGAGCCGCUUGGCAAGAGCCCUGGCGCCGCUCGCACCGCGACCCGCUGUCGCUGUGCCUGGCAGCCGAGUCGAGUCCGCGGGCCCCGCGCGGGGAUGCCCGGGCCGAGGGCGGCGACGGCUCGCGGGCUGCGCGGCGAGGGCUCCUUGGCUCCCUCCUGCCCAGAGGAAGCAGCCCCGGCGCGAGGAGGACCGCGGGGACACCGCACAGACACUUGUUUGCAAGGCUCAGCGCCGGCGCGCGCGCGGCGCUCCGAGUGGAUCCGCCUCCUCCAGGCUGGGUGGGCGGCGGCCCCGCGCCUCACUCGCGGCUCCUCCUCCUGCUCCUCCUCCUCCUCUCCCGCGAAGCCCGGGCACCGGCGCCGCAGGGUCCCCGCCCCGGUCUCCACGGGCGGGCGCCCUGGGCUGUGGGCCGGACCGGGCCUGACGCGGCCCCUGGGGAAGGCGCAGGGGCUCCCGGUGGCAUCGGCCGAGAAGGAAUGGGGUCGGGCGCCGCGCCUUGCGCUUUUGACCGACUUCAGUCUGUCUUGCGGCUUCUCCCGGGUUUAUCCCCCGCAGCAGCUGCCGCCUCGAAACACGCUCAUUCCCACGGCCACUGGCAAGCAGGUCCUGGCGACUCCCCGGGACCUGAGGAGCCGCGGCGCAGAGGUGACCCUCCCCCGGCCUGCGCCCCCCUCCCUCCUCCCCGGCUGGGCGCGCGGUGGAGUCGCCGGGAGAGUCUGCUGAUGCCCGGGGAAUGGGGUGAGGGUGCCGGGUGCCAGGAUGGGGAGAGGCGGCCCGAGGCCGGCCUGACUCCGGGACCCGGUUGCGGGCGAGGGUCUCGGGGCCCGGCUUGGCCGGCUUCCGGGCCGAGAGAGAAGGGCGGUGGAAGCGGUCGGGGUCCCCUCCGGCCCCAGCCUCCCUCCCGGAGUAGAGGCCUCUUGCGGUGUAGGUUCUGGGUUGCUGCCGCCCAGCCCUUUCGGUUUCCACUUCUCCCCACAGAUGAUCACAACUGCUCGCUUUAUUUCUCCCUCCAUUACCCCGUGGAGCCCUCUAAGCAGCGGAGGAAUCGCGCGCUUCUCCUCUCCCGCCCGCGCCUCCCUCUUUCCCCGCCGGACAGUCCAGGAGGAGCUGCCGGCGCGGCCCUGGGACUGCCGGAGCCAGGGGUGACUGCUCGCUAGCGCCUCCCAGGCUUUGCCGCGGGUCCGAGCCUCCGCAGGGGUGGGCACAGCCCCGGGGCCGCGGAAAGCGAAGGCAGCUGGGCAGGGACGCUCGGUUUUCCGAGCCCUGCUUUUCUUUCACACCCCACUGGGAGGUGUAGUUCUUCUUCCCGCCGGCCGGCGCCUAGAGGAAGCACGACUCGGACCUUAGAAACUACAAGUCCCUGCAUCCCCCGCGACAAGGGCGGGAGAGGCGUGGUGCCGGGCGUUCUGGGGCUCGGUAGUGAGAGAUGGGAACCAACAGAGGGUUGUGGGGGACGGUGCCUUCUCUGGGCAUUUUGCACGUUACACAUGUUCUUUGUCUAAUAUUCAUCAGAAUCAUGCGAGACAUUAUUGUCUCCAGCUUAGAGAAAGCUUAACUACUGGCCAAAUAUCACAGAGCUCCCAAGUGAUAGAGAUGGCAUUGAACCCAGAUCCCUAAGUAUGUCCCUUACAAAGCGUGCCUCAGUGAGCAGUGUCGAAGGGAGAUGAGAUUGGCUUAUCCGAGAAGGCCAGUUGGGAGGAGCUUCUUGUAGUAAGGAAAAGGUGGUGGGAAUAGAAAUUAGAGUAUGACCUUAAAUUACAAGGAGUUUUGAAUAAAAAUGAAAUUUACAGGGGUCCAUUCCAAAGCAGGUUAGGGUCUAGGGAGAAUGAAUCUUAAGCACACGGUCAUAAUUGGGUUUGAAUUAUUUUAGAUAAUGUAUGAGAGCCAAGCAUAUUACAGGGACAAUAAAGUACUUUGUGGCUGGAUUAUUUUUUAAAACCCAACUGGAAAGCUGCAGACAUUUCAAGUGAAAGCUCUCAUAUGCUUUCCUGUCCUUUAGCUAAUGAGAUCUACGGGGUAUUAUUCUUAUUGUAUUUAUUGCGAGCACCUUUUCUGUGGAUGUCCAAUUAAUAUAACAGAUCCAUUGAUUUGAUGGCAUUAAAAAGAUUCCCACUCUUGUUCUCAAUUAAACCUAAUUUUUCUGGCAUCGUGGUUAGGCUUUUAAAAAGUCCUUCGUUAUCUGUUAGAGAUACGUACUAAAGUAUCUGCCAGUGAAAUAAUACAAAUUCUGAAGUGUGCUUUAAAACACACCAGCCCAUUCACUCCCCUCUUCCCACCCUCCCAGCCCCAGACAUGGGGGUGUAAAUGAAACAAUCGGAAACUGUUAAAAAUAGUUGACCUUGGGUGAUGUAUACUUAAUUAUUUAUUGCUGCAAACUACCACAAACUUAGUGGCCUUAAAACAAGACAGAUUUUUCUCACAGUUUUUGUGGAUCAAGUGUCCAGGUACACUCAUACUCCACUUAGAGUCUCACAUCUGCCAUCAGGGGGCUGCCCAGGCUGCAUUCGCACUCACUGGAGAAGAACUGGCUUCCACUGUCACUCCGGGCACAGGCAGAAUUCCUUUCCUUGCAGCAGUAGGACCGAGGGCCCCGGCUUCUUGCUGGCUGGAGACUGGAGACUGUCCUCAGCUCCAAGAGGCAACCUGCAAUUCCUGGAGGUCACCUGGACUUCAUUGUCACUUGGGCUUUCCGAACACAGCCACUUUUUGCAUCAGGCCCACAAGGAGAGUCCCCAGAGUGAGCCUCCAGCAAGACAGAAUUUUUUUUUUUUUUUGAGACGGAGUUUCGCUCUUGUUACCCAGGCUGGAGUACAAUGGCGUGAUCUCGGCUCACCGCAACCUCCGCCUCCUGGAUUGAGGCAAUUCUCCUGCCUCAACCUCCUGAGUAGCUGGGAUUACAGGCACGCGCCACCAUGCCCAGCUAAUUUUUUGUAUGUUUAGUAGAGACAGGGUUUCACCAUGUUGACCAGGAUGGUCUCGAUCUCUUGACGUCGUGAUCCACCUGCCUCGGCCUCCCAAAGUGCUGGGAUUACAGGCUUGAGCCACCGCGCCCGGCCCAAGACAGAAUUUUAUAUGACAUAAAGCAACCCCACGGGCACCUUCAAAUGGGCACAUUCUGUUGACCAGAAGCAUGUUUUGCACACCCUCAAAGGGAGAGGAGUACACAGGGCAUGAACACUAGGGUGAGGGGGUACCCUGGAGUGCAUCCCCCGCAGUGUACAAGAGGGUCUAUUAUGCUCUUCUUACAUACCUCAUCUACUCGUGUUUACGUUUGACAUUUUCCAUAAUAAAAAGAAAUGAAUUAAUUUUAAACUGUUACCUAAAUUUUCCACAGCAAAUAAGAUAUGCUGAUAUGAUUUCUAAAUAAGCUGAUACAGUCGUCUACAGUUGUCUUCCUGGGGUACUUACUUCUUCCCCCUCCGUGUAUACUAAGACCUCUGGCAGUUAAUUUACUUGUAUGGGUUACUCUCAACUAAGGGCGUUCACUAGAACCUGGUGUGUGAUAGCCCUAGAAUUCACCUCACCAACUGCAGUUGAUCUUGAACAAUAUGGGUUUGAACAGCAUGGAUGUCGUUAGACAUGGAUUUUUUUUUUUUUCAACCAAAUGCAGAUGGAAAAUACAGUAUCCCUGGGAUGGGAAAUGUGAGUAUACAGAGGGCAAAGGCCGACUCUUCCUAUAUGCAGGUUCUGUGGCACCUGUUUAGGGACCUGAGUAUGUGCAGACUCAGGUAUACGCAGGUGAUCCUGGAACCAAUCUCCUGAGGAUACUGAGUGAUGACUAUAAAACCUGUUGUAUAAGGUAUGGUAGAGUUCAUUAUUUAUUUUACAGUUAUCUAUCUCAGAGCCUAGAUUGUGCUAAGUACUGUUUUAGCAGCAGCGAUAUAAAAAGAUCCAAGAUAGAAGCUUAUAUUUGGGGACUGGGGAAGAGAUGGAGAGAAUAAACAAACAAAUAAAUGACUAAUAAGACAAAUUCAGAGAACAAUUAUAAGAAUGAAAAAAAAAAGCAGGUUAUGGGCUAGAGAGACGGGUCAGGCAGAGAGAGAAUCGAAUGAUGAGAAACAGCGAGUACCAAGUCCUUAAGGCAGAACAAUCUGGAAAAUUCUAGGGAUACAAAGAACACCAGUCUAGUUCAAGUGGAGCAUGAGCCAAGGAGAGACGGAAGAAGAAACAGGACCAGGAGGCAUCUGGAGUUGAUUCUGCACGCACCAAAAUCAGUUCUGUACGCUGUGCUCUGUACCCAACAUUGGUUUAGGUGUUGAGGGGUCUGAAAGAAGAAUCACCAUCCUUGCCCUCUAGGAAUGUAUAGAUUCCAAACUUUAAUGUUAGAGGGAUGUCAGCAUAUCUAGAAUUACAGACCAAAAUAUUUAUUUCGCAUACAAGGACACUGAAGCCCAGAAAAGUCAAAUGACCAGCUAAAAAUUCCUUGAGAAUGCCUCGCCAAUAACACACCAAUAACAAAUAAUCCAAAAAUGAGUCUUGAAUUGAAAGAGUGCAUGAUCUACUUUUGUUAAAUCGAGUUUAAGCUAAUGCUGCCUCCUUACAUAUUUUAAGUUUGGCCUAAAGGUUUCUCUGUACACUGUGAACCGUAGGCUAGAUGGAAAGGUAAACAGAGUGUGAUCUACUCGUAUGUCAAUUACUGAGUUUUGGCCACUCAAAUGUGGCCAACUGUUCGAACCAUGUUCAAAUAAGACAAAUGCUGAGCUGUAACCAUCUGGCUGUUUCUGUACCUCAUGUCUGCUUUCUAUACGUCACUUUCCUUUUUCUGCCCAUAAAUUCUCUUCUACCACACGGCUGCCCUGAGGCUACCCUGGCUCAGGAGGCUGCCCAACUCAUGAAUCAUUCUUUGCUCAGUUAAACUAUUUUACAUUAAAUUCAGCUGAAGUUUUUUUUUUUUUUUUUAACAUGUUAACACUUUAGAAAAUGGAUAAUGAACGUUUAGUGCCCAUCAUGUGCAGGGCAGUGUGAUAAGAAGGUAAAUGAGGCAGAGGAACGACAGUCAAGAUUGGGAAACAAGAUGGAGGCACGUGAGAAAUUCAAUAAUACAAGAAAACAGUAUUAUACAGAUAAUGCUCUUUUCUCCAGUGUAUUUUUGUGUUAGGCAAUCUCCUGGUUCUCAUUAAAUCCAGAAGGAUAACCUGAUGAGGCAGGGAUUAUUGUCUUGAAUUUGCAGAAGAGGAAACUGAAGAUGAGAGAAGUGAGGUGAUUUGCCCAGGGUUUUGCAGUAAGAAAUGGAGUCAGGACUCUAGGCCGGGUGUGAAUGUCAGACCCAAGCUUUCCUACCCCCACACAAUGGAAAAAGCACACCGUCGGAUAAACCAACAGCUGAGUAGAAUAGAGAAAAUCAUCUCGAUUUCAGAGGGAAGAGAAAUCUCAGGCCCAGGCUGUAGCAAAGUACAACUCUGAGCUUGACAGUUUGGACAGGAAAAACGUAAAAGGGUUAGUCUCUCAGGGAAAUGGGGAUGGGUAUAGAAAAGUAAAUUAUUGGGGAAGUACAUGAUGUUUCUAGCUGGAGUAGAACUGUCAAGAAUCCAAGCACAGUUAGUUUAUUCGGGAGGGGACUGCAGAAAACACCAGCAGGAGAGUGAGGAAGUGAGACAGGAAGGAAAAAGAGAUGAAUAAAGCAUGUGCUAUCGAGCAAGUUACCAUGGUGGGCCGCUGAAACUCAGAC